CGUGGCUGCCGCCGCCGCCAUGGGUUUGGGAGCGCGGCUGGCCGCGCUGGGCGGCCUGGCCGCGUGGGCGCAGCGGCGGCGGGCUGCGGCGGCGGCGGGCGGGGAGCGGCGGGAGCUGGAGCUGAAGCUGGUUCAAGUGGUGUUCCGGCACGGGGCGCGCACCCCGCUGCGGGCCGUCCCGGGGGCGCCGCCGGUAGAAUGGCAUCCCACUCUUUUAGAUGUACCUGCUCAGACUAAGUUUGAUUACACAGUGACUGACCUAAGCGGAAGACCACGACCUCCCUCACCCUAUGACGAGCAAUACAAAAAGACCACAUUCAAGGGUGGUGCAAUUGCAGGACAGCUGACAACACUAGGGAUGCAGCAGAUGUUUGCUCUGGGGCAAAGGCUGAGAAGGAGCUAUGUGGAAGAAGCAAACUUUCUCUCACCAACAUUUAAGCCUGCCGAGGUCUUUGUCCGUUCCACUAAUAUUUUACGGAAUCUGGAGUCCACGCGGUGCCUGCUGGCUGGGCUGUACCAACAGCAGAAAGAAGGACCUAUCGUCAUUGUCACUGAUGAAGCAAGCUCUGAAAUCCUCUAUCCCAAUUACCAGAACUGCGAGCGCCUGAAAUGCUUAAGCAGGCAGAAGUUGAAGAAUGCUCAGCUACAGCCAGGUAUCUCUGAUGACUUGAAAACAAUUAAGGAGAAGAUGGGUAUUGAUGGUGAUAAGUCUGUAGAUUUUUUUCUUCUCCUUGAUAACAUUCUCGCUGAGCAGGUGCACAAUUUGCCAAGCUGCCCUGAGCUGAAGAACUUCCAGCAGACAGUGGAGCGUCGCUCUGUUGACUCAGUGCUUUUCUUUCUGGAGGAAAGUUCAAGAGAAGUUCUUCAGAUGAGUGUUGGUCUCCUUUUCUAUACCUUACAGAAGAACAUUACAGAAGCAACAGAUCCCUCAUCUCCAGCUGAAAAGGCCAGAAAGCUCAUUCUCUAUGCUUCUCAUGACGUUACCCUUAUUCCUCUCCUGGUGGCCCUGGGCACCUUUGAUCACAAGUGGCCACCUUAUGCAGCAGAUGUGACCCUGGAACUAUAUCAGCACCAGCAAUCCAAAGAGUGGUUUGUUCGCAUGUCUUACCAUGGUGAGGAACAAGUGGUAAAAGGAUGCAGGGCAAGUCUCUGUCCACUCAAUGAAUUUCUACAAGUUCUCUCACAGUAUGCUGUCAGUCCAGAGGAGUACAAUAACCUGUGCUCCCAAAUGGAGCAGAAUCAACAAACUGACUGAUAACUGACUCGUAAGCAGUUAUCUUAAAUUAAACUUACUGUCAUAACCUUU